AUGGAUCAUCAUCCGGCGAGGGAGAGACAGUACCAAGAGCAGCUUCGCCAACUAACCAACCAGCUGGGGCAAAAGGAAGACCAGUAUGUGGCGCAGCUACGAGAAUUGCGCUUGAACAACCGUCUCGCACCCGGUGCCAGCCAAUCUGUGUCCUCAUCACACGAUUGUACGCCAGUUGGCGAGGAUUUAUCCAGUGGCUGGCAGGUACAGAAUGACAAGCAUGAAAAGAUGAAGUUAGACACAGAGUUUGGCAGGUUGAAGGCUUUACUUCAGGCGAAAGAAAGGCAGUAUCAACAACACCUGGGGCAGUUGACCAAGCAAUUGGAACGAAAAGAAGACCAAUAUCUCGCGCGCCUACGAGAACUGCGCUUGGGCAACAACCUCGCGCCUGACAUCAAUAGAGUGAGGGCAGAUUCGGCCGCGGAAUACCAGGCCAAGGAAAACGCCAACCUCGGGGCUUUAUCUUCCACCUUGUAUAAGGAGAAGUUGCAACAUCAGUUGCAUAUCAACCGGACGAAAGCCGAAAAGGAGAAAGUUCAAGAAAGGUGGAACAACCUUCAAGCCGAACUCGACGGAGCGAUUGUCAACUUUUCAAAAGAGGUGGCGGAACUCAAGUCCAGAGAUCCGUUUGAGCCAGUCCGAAAAGCAGACGCGGAGAUUCAGGCCAGUUGGAAGGACCUAGCCAUCCAGGUACGACAGUUUGUUCAAACUUACUGCCUCCCGGCCAUCCCAUUUACUACCCCAAAAGAGCUCCACAAGAAGAACAUCCUUCCAGGCAUCCAGAUGAUCUGUGCAGACGUUGCAGAGCCUGCUCUGGGAGACACUCUGGAAACAACCGAAGCACACGUCUCAAGCCUUCCCAAAGAUGCUAAUUGGGCAUCCCGAGUUGCCGCCCUUCACUCCUGGAAAGCCCGGUCCUUCGUGUUCCUCAAACAACUCCGUCCCAAGUCUCGCGAUGAAAUCGCGGCCCUUGCCUACCGGAUCGCCUCCCUCCUCGAGCCCAUCACCGGCCCGACCGUUGCAGUCCCAUCAGGAUCCGGAUCAAAAUUCGACAGCCAACAACCACAACACAAUAACCACGACCAUCACCAACAACAAGCUCCCCACCAACAUCACAACCACCAGAACCAUUACCCCCAACCAGGGGCACCACCACUCACAUACCCGUCCCCCAGCCUCCUCAGUGCCCUCGAAGCCCUGCUCACCGCCGCCAUCUCCCUCGACAACACCUUUCGCCUCUCACUCGCCAACUACACCAUCAUCUUCAAAGACCCCGCAGUAUUCGAAUUCCGGCCCUCAAUGAUGGAAAUCAAGCCGAUCAGCUUUGCCUCCUUCAACGCCGCAACCUCCUCCCAGCGAGACUCCGUCAGCCUCAACGACGCCAGCGUGAACGCCAGAGCCAUCGCCGAUUCGCUCAAGGUCAACUUCGCCGUCAGCCCGGAGAUAUUGAGGGCUGGUGACUGGAAAGAGGGAGGAGAUUAUCACAUAGAAGUCGUCGUGGCGAAGUUAGUCGUUGUUUGUAACGCUGAAAGCGUUCUGCGCCGGCCGAGGCCGUCCCCCAAUCCGAGCACGCCGGUCCCCUCUCCGAUGCCUGGGGAGAUAUUUGCUUGGUUGCAGGAGCAAAAUAGGAGAGGGAGCCACGUGGACGACCAGAUAUUGGAGAAGGCGAGGUUGGGGUUUGGGACGGGAGUAAAUGAGGGCCCGGUGCCGGAGAGGUCGUUGCAUUCGUCUUCGAUGGGUCCUCCUGGUGCUGGUACUGGUGUACUAAUGCCGCCUGGUCGAAUGCCGCCUGGUACUGGUAUUGGUCCUGCUCAUGGCUUUGGCGGUGGAAGCAACGCACCGAACGGCAGACCGUACGUCCGCCCCUUCGAAUACACCCACAACCAUAACAACUCGGGCGGCCAUCCAAAUCUUGGGGUUACGUCCCAUUUCCACAACACCUCCCGGACCACGUACAACUAUAACCCUUCAGCUUCCCAUCCCUCCACAUACAGCAACAAUACUCUGGCCAAAGACCCCAGCCAUAUCGGCCAAAACCCCAACAACGCCAACACUGCAGAAAGUCAAUGGAAAAGGAGACGAGUCCUCCACCGCGGCACCCGCCACAGCCUCGGAGAUCCGCUGCAAACCGAGUUCGAAGCUACCGAUGAUGGCGACAGCGACAGCGAGAAUACCGAUGAGCCGACCGCCGAGACCAGCGCCGUAACUACCAGAGGAGCAAAGAGACAGAGGCUUCAGUUGCUAAGGGAUGGGCUGGGGGCAAUAACUGGGGCAGAAGCAGGGCCAAAUGGAGCAGAAUCCGCGAGAGAAGAAGAAGCACGGGCACAUGCAGCAACAACAUCAACAUCGGCAGCAUCAACAUCAACAACUGCCAUGGCCAUUGACCAUACCGGAGGGGCUAUAAGAGAUACCACCAACAACGGUAUUUUCCCCAAUCUCAACAACAUCGUUGCUUACUUGAAGAACAAGCCGAGGGAUGGUACCGGCCCCCUCUCUUUGGAGCUAGAAGACGACAUCAUAGCCGCCUUGGAGAAAAGCCAGCGGAGUCACUCGACGUCGUCGCUACACUGGCAGAGGUAG